UACUGUUUUCAACAUUUGUCUGUUUCUAGACAACUCUGUUUAUAAAGCAAAGUAUGAACGAGUGGCCAAGGAACUGCAGAUCACCAAGAAGCAGCUACAGCAGCAGCACGAGGAGGAGAUGGAGCAGGAACUACAGUCCAGGAAACUUAUUGAGAGACGGUUGCAUGAUGCAGUAGCAGAAGCAGAAGAGCAAAGAAGACAGGUGCAAGUUGCCAAGAAGAAAGUCCAAAGGUUAACAGCAGAGAUGCAGGAUUUAAAGUUGCACCUUGAGGAGCAGAUGUCGCGCAACAAUGAGUUGGAAAGGAAACAAAGAAGAUUCGACAAUGAGCUGAGUAUGGCUCAUGAAGAUGUAAGGGAGGAGAAAGCUCUGAGAGAUAAGUUGCAGCGAGAAAGAGAUGAACUGCUGGCAGAAAAAUAUUCUCUGGAACAAUCCUUUCAGCAUUUGAAAAUGGAUCACCAGAGCACAUUAGACAAAUGUGAGAGGCUGGAGAAGGAGAUGAAUGACCUGCUUCUGACUGGCAAGGACAACAGUGAGGCUGUGGCCUUGAAGAGAAGCAAGCAUGAGCUGGAGAUGAAGAUCCAGGAGCAAGAAGAGGAGCUGGAUGAUCAGGCAGGGCAGAUUCAGCAGCUGGAGCAGGCAAAACUCAGACUUGAGAUGAACAUGGAGAAGCUCAAACAGCAGCAUCAGAAGGACGUAGAAGAGAAGGAUGGGGAGAUAGAGGAAAUGAGGUACAAGACACAGAAGAAGCUGAGGCAGUUGGAGAGUCAGCUGGAGGAGGAAUAUGAGCAGAAGAAAAGGUUACAGGAGGAAAAGUCACAACUGGAGAGGCAGUUGCAGGCUUCGGAUACAAGGGAGCCACACAGAGACAGGGAAUCAGAGAAGAGGCUGAGACGCAACUUAAGAAGAACAAAAGCCCUAUUGAAUGAUGCCGGGGCUGCCUUGCUGAAGCAGAAAGAUAUAGAAGGGUUGGAAGAUGCACAGUUUGCCACCUCUGCUGCUGUUAAAGCCAAGAAAAGAAUGGAGUUAGAGAUGCAGGAGUUGCAGCAACAGCUGGACGAUCUGACAAGAGCCAAACAGGAG